CUUAGUUUGCUAAAGAUGAUCGCUACGACGGUGUGCUUCUACCUGGUGCUGCUGGCCGCAUUCCUGAUUCUGAUGGCGCCCUCUUCGGAGGCAUGCUUCAUCCUACUGGCCUGCCUGAUGCAGUCUCCGCUGUGUCCCUACAACACCACUGCCUCCGGCUGAGAAAUGGUGAAGUCCAGAUCCGAAAUUUAAUCUAACACAGUCCCCACACCAUAACCAAUAAAAGUUUCAAAAAAAAGUUUGCGUUGAAAACUAA